AUGAAACGACUGUUUAUUGACAAUCUUAUAGAAUUACCAACAGAGUUAAUUGAAUUGAUAUUCAAAUAUAUUCCUGAUGAAUAUUUAAAUACCUACCUAGAUAAUCCACUUAUCGGAAUAUAUUCCCUUAAGGUGCUAACGGCCAAUAUUGAAAUUGACUCAGAUGAAAAUUGGCCCGUACAACUAGAAGUUCCAAAGCUAUUCAUUCCAAUAGGAGACGAGGGUCUCUGUCUUGUCCAUAAAAGAAUAUUUGAAGAUGUAUAUCAAUUUCUCGACUUUGUUUACAGGUACCCACAUUCUGAACCAAGAACCAUCAAGUUUUGCAAUUCGAAAGAUAUAAUGAUUAUCCACAAAGUGAAACCUUCAAUAUUAGAAAGGGCUCAUAUUGAAGUGGAGCUAGAGGUGAAUUAUGAACCAUGGGAGUUGGAGAUUUUAAGCCUUCCCUACAAUUUCUACAAAAUUGAUCGUGGCGAUGAUAGAGAUUAUUCCUUACCCGAAACUGUACGAUCCCUGGAAUUACUGAAACACAUUUUAAUUGAAUAUCCCAACCGUUUGGACAAUUUGCAGAUUUUGCGGAUUUAUUGGCCAUUGGAUACAAGCUUAUUACACCAUCUUCCCCCCAAAUUGGCUUCUUUAGAUUUAACCUUAUUUUUGGAAAGUGACAAUUCGAAACCCAACUUGCCGAAGUCAUUACAAAGAUUAGCAUUGAACAUUGAAUUCCCAAACGACACCUCUGAAUGUGAUUUAUCCCACUUAGAUAACCUUAAGACUUUCGAAUCGGACUUUUACAUAACGCCGCUAUCGCGAAUUCAUUUACCGAGCCUGAUUACAUCUUUGAAAGUCGCUUGCAACGGAGUAGGGUUGAAUUCUGUUAGACAAUAUCCCAACCUCAAAUCCUUACAAGUAGAGCAUAUAUCCAGAAAUAUAUUCAAAGAAAUGCAAUUCCCAGAAAGUCUACAGGUGUUACAACUUGAUACUGAUUACACUCGUUACGCAGAAAUCGACGGACAAUUCCCUAUACCUCCAAACAUUAAGCUUCUAAGCAUAACUGGAAGCUACACCUUAAGUUACAAGUGUGAUGAAAUAAGCUUACCACGAUCGCUCGAUUCUCUAACGCUUGUAGGCUAUUCAGUGGUUAAAAAUGAAUAUGUUGCAUGUAGAAUACCCGCAUCAGAUAUUAACAAGAUUAUUCUACCACAGAAUUUAAGAGUUUUAAGUGCAGAAGAUACUCAUCUUAAAUCGGAAGUUUUACAACGUUGGGAUCUAGCUAAUUGUUGCAAGAACUUGAAAAGAUUAUCUCUCGGUGAAACUGGUCUCACAAAUAUCGAAUACAUGUUUCCAAGUGGGUUGGUCUCCCUAGAAUUAAAAGGAAAUAACAUAACAAUCCCUAAUGAGAUUUUUUUUGAAAACUUUAAAGACUUAGAGUACUUAGGAAUAUCUCAGAUUGAUCCAGCAUUGCCUCGAACUGACAUGGGGGGAGCUAUUCGAUUAUUUUUUGAAACUUAUGAAGACUUCCAAAAGUGGCUAGAACUACGAACAUGGUUUAACCCAUGGCAUCAAACGCAAAACGAUAACAACACAGGAAAUUAUAUAAUUUUACAGAAGUAUGAAUGUAGGCGUGAACCAGAAAUCCCAAGUGAUGUCAGUUGGGUAGAGUCUCCUCAAGAUACGAAUAAUGUGGUUGGUCAACCUGCUGAAACUAGAGACGACCUUGAUGGUGUUAGCAUCAAUAGAGAAGCUGUACCGGAUACGACAGUCAAUAAUCCUAGAAAAAGGAAGGCGAAUUCCAUGAUGAAACCUAAGAAAUGCACUGCUUUCAUUAGAGUGAGACAGUUAAAAUGGGAUAGUGAAGAUCCGGAAAUUGGUUCAUAUGUAGAAGCGGGCAUUGUUAACCAAGAUAAGAAUGAAUUCAAAAUUGUGGUCGAUUGGGGUUACAAACAUGACCAUCUGGUUGGAACCCUUGAUAGUAUCAAAGGUUUGAAGAUGGUUCCUGCCGCCAAAAAGAAUAUAAUGGAUUCAAUUGCACGUGGAGCUUCAUGGUCAAUAAUUAAACAGAAUGUCUAUCAGCCAAAUAUUAAGGUUGAGAAGGGUUUCUUUAAUGAGUAUGAUAAGAUGAAUAAGUAUCAUUUUGGUAACUGGAGAAAAACUUUUAUAAAUUCCAGAAUGCAGAAACACCACACGUUUCUCUUCAGUUUAAAAAAAUGGGGUGACUAUAUCAAGGAGCAGGGUGGUUAUGCAGAAUUACAUACAAGUGAGGAUCGAACCUUGCAGGGAUUCGGGGUUUGGAGCUUUUCAUUCAUGACUCCAUUUCAGAGAGACCUUUUUACUGACCCAUGGAACAAUAAAAUCUGGUAUGUUGACUCAACGCACAAUAUUGGUAUAGGUAUCGAGAAACAGGAUACGUCAUACCUUUUUACAUUGAUGGUAAAGAAUAAUGCUACCCCUGGAAUGGGUACCCCUGUGGCAUUUAUGAUUACAAAUUCCCAAACUCCCGAGAUUGUUGGCCGAUUUUUUGAAUUUGUAACCGCUAUCACCCAUGUCAGCCCGGCCCAAAUCUGUUGUUCACCGACGGCAAUUAGUGCAUGCAAACAAGCUUGGCCGGACACGAUCAUAACUUUGUGGCAUAUUUCUCGUGCGUUUCUUAAUAACGCACAUCAGCAUUUGGGUAAAAGUGAUGUUCCGCACGCAUUCACCUUAUUUCUUCAAAUGAGAGAAACGACUUCUGCAAUAAAAUUCGAAGAAAUAAGAAAAGUCUUACAUGAAUCUUUUAGAGAAAACAAAGGAUGGGUGAACUACUUCGAGAGUCAAUGGAUUCGUCAAAGGGAGCUUUGGGCAUCGACCUUCAUGGGAGACUCUGUUCCAUCCGCUCAGAUGAACGACUACAUAGAAUCCGUCGAUUCAACCUUAAGGAGGCUCUCUAUCGAUAAGUGGGGUACCUAUAGAUCUGACCACAUCGAUGGUUGCUACAAGAAAGACGAAUGGUUCAGGGUCGUCCCAAAUGGCCUGAAGACCACUUGCAAUUGCAAGUAUUUCAGUACCAAUAAGACCUGGUGUGAACACAUUUUCCUUGCUGAAAGAGAGUUGGGGUUUAUCAAUUGGAGCGGUGCCAGUUAUGAAACAAAGAAAGAGAAACCAAAGAAACAAACAAAUGAGGAGCUCAGCGAUCAAGCUUUUGCUUCUUAUCGUAGACGCUUAGAAAAAGAGGCAACUGAGAGUCCUAGGCAUUUAUCAGACACUGAAGUGAACGAUUGGCCAGACAUUGUUGAUAUGGACUCCGAGUUCUUUGAAUGCGCCAAUGUUGAAUAUUUCCCGCUUUCAAUAGAAUAUUUAACAGCAGAUGGUCCUGGUAAUGAGGAACUUCUACAAUCUCUUGAGCGCUCAUUCCCGGAAAAUCCGAUUAAUGAGUCGAAAAGACAAAAACGGACGGAGGACGAAAAGGAAGUUAGAACCCUUGAUUUGAGGCAGAAGUGCCAACGAUUAUUGAAACUACUUCAAGUCAUACAUGAGGACGCCAGAAACUUCGAUGACCGUCUGUAUGAAAAGCUCGAGGAAGCAUUAAGAGUCUCUUAUAAUUAUUUCUAUGAGUUUUUGCAAAACCCUGAUACUGAUCCCAAGCCAAUCGAACUUGAAAAAAAAACAGCAGACGAAGAUUGA